GUUGCUAAGAUCUUAACUACUUCUAGAAUGGGAGAAGGCUCAGCACCACGGACAGAUCCUCUCUCGCUCUCCCUCUCUCCCUCCCUCUCUCCCUCUCUCCCUCUAUCUCUCUAACUGUCUCUUCCGGACGCACACUCGGCAGCUGGCUGCUAUACAGCUCCUCCCUCCUGUGUGUUGGCUCUGCCGAACAAAGAUCCUUGGACGUGCACAGUUUCGCUGAAGAGCACUUUUCUCCCCCUAAACAACCAGACGGACAAUCGAGGCGUCAGUUAUUCCAUAUCGACCUGAGAGAAGGGAGUUAAGGUGUCGGAUAAGGUCUCCAACAAUCCUUCACCCCCCCCAAAUCUCUGUCAGCGAUGGAGACUUGGGCUGGCUUCUGCCCAGGCUUGCACUUAUCUCUGGGUAUCUGGGUGAUGAUAGCCGCUCAUACCCUACAAAAUGCCAAGGCGGAGAUAACUUGCGCAUCUUGCACGUCGCCAGUUCAACUUCACCUGGAGGAAUUACAGCUGGGGAUGCGCACUGACCCGAGAGAGGAGCCGGGCACCCUAAAACACAUCCGAGUAGAGUUUAGGGAACUCGGGGUUACCGACCAAAAUACUGGAGUGGACGACGGCCAUCAGGCAGCUGUUUCGGUCGAGGAUGUCCCCCAGUUCCCUCAAGAUGUCAGUUUGGAUGGAGUUAGUGCAAAGGAAGAUGCGCCAGGGUCCAGUGAAGAAAGUCACCGCGGCAGUGAUAAGGCAGGGGAUCCCGAGACCGGCGAGGAUGCUGCGCUCCGGAGAACGAAGAGAAGCGGUCCGGAGUUUGCCGAGUUCAAUGAGAACGGGUGGGCCGGCCGGACUGGCAUGGAUACGGGCGCUCCGGAGGAUCGAGGCUCGUUGUUAGACGGACACAGCCAGGGCAGGUCCGAGUUCAGAUGGAACAGGGACGAAGGGAAAGGGAAUAUCCGGCAGGAUGAGCCCAAGCUCACCAGCAGCACUUUCGCCCUGACUGGGGACUCUGCGCAUAACCACGCGGUGGUCUACUGGUCGGGGCAAAACAGCAGCGUGAUCCUGAUUCUAACCAAGCUGUACGACUUUCAUAUUGGCAGCGUCACUGAGAGCACUCUUUGGAGAUCUACUGACUACGGCUCCACGUACGAGAGAAUGAAUGACAAAGUCGGAUCCAAGACUGUCCUGAGUUACCUGUACGUCUGUCCAACUAACAAGAGGAAGAUUAUGGUGUUGACAGAUCCGGAGUUUGAGAGCAGUGUGCUCAUCAGCUCUGAUGAGGGAGCCAGUUACCAGAAGUACCGCCUCACUUUCUACAUCCUGAGCCUUUUAUUCCACCCCACUGAAGAGGAUUGGGCCUUAGCCUACAGUCAUGACCAAAAGUUGUACAGCUCGGUGGACUUUGGAAGAAAAUGGCAGCUCAUCCACGAACACGUCACUCCGAACAGAUUCUACUGGUCUGUCUCGGGCCUAGACAAGGAGCCAGAUCUGGUCCACAUGGAGGCUCAUACACCAGAUGGAAAUGUGCAGUAUGUCACAUGCAGAGCUCAGAUGUGCACAGAAGCUAACAGGAACUACCCAUUCCCUGGAUACAUCGACAUCAGCUCUUUGGUGGUUCAAGAUGACUACAUAUUCAUACAGGUUCCUACAUCAGGACGAGCCACCUAUUAUGUGUCCUACAAGAGAGACUCAUUUAUACAAACCAAACUACCCAAAUAUUCCCUGCCCAAGGAUUUACACAUUGUCAGCACUGAUGAGAAGCAGGUAUUUGCGGCGGUGCAGGAGUGGAACCAGAAUGACACCUAUAACCUCUACCUGUCUGACACCAAAGGGAUCUACUUCACCUUGGCCAUGGAAAAUGUCAAGACCACUAGGGGCAUCGGGGGGAACCAGAUGCUGGACCUGUACGAGGUGGCAGGAAUUAAAGGCAUGUUGAUUACUAACAAGAGGCAAGACAACCAGGUCAAGACCUACAUCACCUACAAUAAAGGCCGGGACUGGAGGCUCCUGCAGGCUCCUGCUACUGACCUAGAUGGAAAUGACAUUCACUGCAUACUGCCUUUCUGUUCACUCCAUCUCCAACUGCAAAUGUCAGAGAACCCUUACUUGUCAGGAACAAUCUCCACCAAGAGCUCUGCACCAGGGAUCAUAGUUGCCACAGGAAAUAUUGGAGCAGAGCUGUCUUAUAACAACGUUGGCAUGUUCACGUCAUCUGAUGCUGGCAAUAGCUGGAGACAGAUUUUUGAAGAGGAGCACAAUGUGUGGUUUCUGGACAAAGGAGGGGCCCUUGUCGCUGUCAAACAGCCAUCUGUGCCAACCAGACACUUGUGGGUCAGCUUUGACGAGGGGAGGCAGUGGACCCAACACAGCUUCUCCUCUGUGCCUCUGUUCGUGGACGGAGUCUUGGUGGAGGCUGGGGCCGAAAACCAAAUCAUGACCUUUUUUGGACACUUCAGCCACCGUUCUGAAUGGCAGCUCAUCAAGAUAGACUACAAGUCCAUCUAUAGCAGGAAAUGCACAGAGGAAGACUAUCAAACCUGGCACCUACACAACCAGGGUGAGCCAUGUGUGAUGGGACAAAAACAAAUUUACAUGAAGCGCAGGCCUGGAAACUACUGCAUGCUGGGAAAUGACUACUCCAGAAUCCUCUCAGCUGAGUCCUGUAUUUGCCGAGCUCAUGAUUUUGAAUGUGAUUAUGGAUAUGAGCGGCGAGGCGACGGGAACUGCCGGCCUGCUUUCUGGUUCAAUCCCUCCACCGUCUCCAGAAGCUGCAGCCAGGGUCAGAACUACCUCAACAGCACAGGAUACCGUAAAGUGGUGUUGAACAACUGCACUAAAGGAGUUAAAGAAAUGUACACGGCCAGAAAGCAGCAGUGCCCCAACAGACCUCCUAAAGGACUCCUGCUGACCACCAAAGACGGCAAACUCACUGCCAAGCUGGGCAGCAACGUCACCUUCCUGGUGCAUCUGGAUGAGGGUGACUCUAUGCGAACCAACAUCCAGCUGGAUUUCGGCGACGGCACAGCCGUGUCCUACUCCAACCUGAGCUGGACCGAGGAGGGGAUCAAACACGCCUACAAGUCUGCUGGAAUAUUCCGUGUCACAGCGCUGGCAGAGAACACGCUGGGCUAUGACACCACGACACUCUUCCUGCAUGUCACAUGUCCAGUGGAGCAUGUCCAGCUUCUCGCUCCCUUCGUGGUCAUAAGAAACAAGGAGGUGAACAUCUCAGCAGUGGUCUUACCCAGCCACUCACGUACUGUCACUUACUUCUGGUGGUUGGGCAACAAUACUGAGCCAGUGAUAACGCUGGACGGGAGUAUCUCAUACACCUUCCCCAACGAGGGAAUGCACACCAUCACAGUCCAAGUGGCUGCAGCCAACACCAUACUGCAGGAUACCAAGACCACAGCAGUCAAAGAAUUCUUCAAAUCUCUACUUUUAUCUUUCUCCCCUAAUCUGGAUGAGUUCAACCCCGACAUACCCGAGUGGAGACAGGAUGUGGGGAGUGUAAUUAAGAAGGCUCUGCUCCAAGUGUCUGACUUCCCGGAGGAUCAGCUCUUGGUGGCUGUACUCCCAGGAGUUCCAACAGCUGCUGAGCUCUUCCUGUUACCUCACAAGAACCAAUCAGAGGGCAAGAAAAAGAGUGAGGAGGAGCUAGAGCAGGUAUCUGAUAUAAUUGUAAGCGCGCUGAACCAAAAUUUGGUUGAGUUCGAGCUCAAGCCUGGUGUAAGAGUGAUUGUGUACAACACACAGUUAACAUUGGCACCCUUGGUGGAUUCCAACCCCAGACACAGCAGCUCAGCCAUGCUGAUGCUCCUAUCAGUGGUGUUCCUGGGCCUAGCUGUGUUCCUCAUCUACAAAUUCAAGAGAAAAAUACCUUGGAUCAACAUAUAUGCUGAGGUGAACCAGGAGAAAGAGCAGGAGAUGAUUGGCUCUGUGGGCCAGGGUGACAGCACACCUAAAAUCACUCUGAGUGAGUUCUCCACAUCCAAAGAACUUAUGGAGAAGGAACUGGAUGCCAUGGUCAAAAGGGGAGUUGGAAAUGCCUGCGAGAGCACAAGGGAGAUUCCAAACUGUACUAGCGUGUAAAGCCGGAGAGCAACAGUUUAUGUACAGAAAGUAUUACAGUGUCGGGGGUUCUCUUUUUCUGUUUUGUAAUUCUCCACACAACUGAUGUUAAUAGUUUUCUAAGGGACCUCAUUUAUACAGACUUGCACGGAUGCCUCGUUCAACAACAUCCAUGCAGCAAAUGUCAAUUUACUCAAUGAGAUCAUUGUAAUUACUGACAAAACGUAUUCAGUUUUGUGGAUGUAUAAGCUACAUAUCGAUUCAUUUGCAGAGUGAAAUAUCUUUCGUCAAAACCUAUGAAGAGUUAUGUAAAAAGGAGUUUGCUUUGAAAAUCAUUUCUGCCUAUAUAUAGACUAUAAUGUCUGAGUCUUCAGUCAAACAGGGAAUAUUAUUGAAAUGUACAAUAUUAUCAUCUGUUUUGUCAAAUGUAUAUAUUAUUACUUUAUACAUGCUCGUCGUCGGCGUACCAUGGCAACGACAGAAGCUCUGACAAUGGUCUGUUUUUGAAAGUGUGUUAAAAAGUCAAACAUUACUUAAAAAAAUCAACUUUGUUUUGCUAAUGUCCUUGACUUGUGCAUGUUCUUAUUAAGGACACGAUUUCUGUGUUGUAGAUAAGCAAGUGUUGUAAAUAGUUAUUUUCUAAUCAUUCUUCAUAAGAGCGCAAUCGAUUUUGCCCAGGCCUCUGUUUUGCUCUCAUUUUCUUCAGUUACUGUUGGGUGAUAUGUUCCUUGUAGAAAAGGUUUAUCUGUUAAUGCUGGUAGAACUGUAUUGGCAUAUUACAGUUUAACUUCCCUCCAUUUCCCUGGAAAUUAUAUGAAAAGGAUCAACAUGAACAUGAUCAUGUUCAAUAUGUUUUAUAUUUUCAUUAGACAUGAUAGAUAUUCAGACAUUUUUACAUAGAUGACAGUUUUUAAACCAUCUGAACAAAACAAGUGUGCAAUUUGCAAUUAAUGCACUUUGCCAUUGGCAUCACUGCAUUGCAUUCUGCCUGUAAGACAAUGACUGAUAUUUCUGAUUUGGCCUGAGAACAAAAGCUAAAUCAGGUAUUAUAUUGUGGCUACCAGUGAUCAAAUUCACAAUAUUCACAUGUUGGGAGAAACAUGAUGACAUUCAUUCCAAAAUAUAAAAUAUGAUAUUAUAGUUUAUGUGUACAUCCUCUAAAACACCAGUAGACCUAGGGUUGGGUUCCAAUAGCUGAUUCCAUUUUGGGUUCACUUCCUGUUUGGCAAUAUACCCAAAUUUGCUAAGCUCUGACGCUAAUGAAUAUCUUAUUAAACCUUUUUAUCUUUGAUCCCCCUUUUUAGCCAUGAUAGUGGCAUGACUCUAUGGAUGGUAAUGUUGGUCUGUUGUCAAUCAAUCAGUCCAUUUACAAUAUUGAAAUAUCCAACAACUUUUGGAUGGAUUGAUAUAAAAUUUUGUACAGACAUUCUUUGCGCCCUAAGAUGGUGAACAUGGUUAACAUUGCACCUGUUAAACAUUAGCAUGUUAACAUUAUAAUUGCGAGCAUGUUAGCAUGCUAUCGUUAGCAUUUGGUUCAAAGCAGCUGUGCUAAGUAGAGCUUCACAGAGCCGCUAGAAUGGCUGUUGACUCUUAGUCUCGUUCUUGUUUAUUACCUAGCAAGAGUAAUGUACAGAAUAUUUAGUUAACAUCAGCAGGCUUCUCAUCUUUAGCUGGAUCUGGCCAUUGCUUUCACCAGUGGAAAUGGCAAACAUCACUGGUUACAUCACAGAUUAUAUCUGCGGAAGCUUAUUAAUGUAACUCGACAACAGGUUGUUACCUCUUUACAAUUGUGGCUUGACUGUGUUUUUGUAGCUCAACAAGACGAGGAGAGUGGUGACUCUUUUCUACUGAAACAAUAUCACUAUUUUAAGCUUGUAAACUUAAUAAUUAUGAAUUGGGACCUCCAAUAUCUCAACCAAGUAGCUUGUAAAAAGUAAGGUGUGCAAAGUAAGUAGGUUACACCCAUUAUUUCAAUGCGUCUGAUACAUUUCAAUCAACAUUUCAUAUCUUCUGCUACUCAUCUCAUUUUCAGGUCACUACAGGUUGUGAAUAGUAAAGGUGGGGUCAGCGAUUCUAAUCCGAUACACUUUUUGUUAAAUUCAGCGAAUAUCUCCUCGCGGUCCGCUGGCUGCCCGUUCUGUGUGCGCGCUGAAUAAAAAUCCGGUGUUUGUACACGGCCCUGGCUCUGUAAAUGGGAAACACACAAAGUGGCUCCGACCGAGCUACACAACACUAUUCCAGCCAAUCAGCAACAGGGGGCAUUCAUGCUCGCACUGCAGGUCGCCAGGUUCCCGGUUGCUGGAACCAGUUGCACUCCGACCUCUGCCUCUUCCUCUGCUUCUGCCGGCUAUACUCUGCCUCUCCCACGUCCUCGCCCACAAGGGACGGAGCUAUUUAAAGGAGCUAUAAGUGAUGUUCAGUGCCUCUAUGCCUCAGCCGGCAGCCGCGGAAUGGGCUGCAAUGGCUGCUGUGGAUAAAUGCGCCGUUAAAGUAUGUCCACUAAAAGUGCUUGUUUUUGCCACUGACAGGCUCAGAUUUUUAUUCUAAGUGUCUGACAGCAUUAUGGAAAGGGUUGCUACAGAGACAGACCUUUUUGUUAAACAGUAAGAUCCUUUUUGUUUAACCAGAAACAGCCAUUUCGUCACUCUCGCUCGCCACCAGACUCCGUGAAAAAAACUAGAAUUUUACCUUGCAGACCAUCGUUAAGCACACUUCAUUCAAAAUAAAUCUCACCAAAACCAUCUUUGUUAGUCUUUCCAACAAUCACCAACAAUGGUUUGGUCGAAAUAAAUCCUUAAUUCACCGCGUCGGAUGAGAAAAACAACAGUUCCCCUCACAGACGAACAGUUUCACAAGAGGGACUCACAUGCACGGCCGGUGCAGCUGUUUAAUCAAAGCACAGAGAGGCUGCGAUAACAACACAGGCAGAGGCAGUGUGACGUCAUUUCCUGCUCAGGACGCCAUCACUCCACUUUAUCUUUACAUAGCAAAUGGUUGUUUGCUGCUAUAUUAAUGUACAGAAUCAAAUUUAAAGAACCUUUAAGGCUAAUUGAGGCUAAUUUUACCCUCGGGCAGCAGACGCUCUACAUUCUGCCAUAUUGCCCAGUUGUUAAUGUUGUUAAUUUGGGGGGGGGGCGGAGCUUCUGAAGGAGCACUGAAGGGAAGGGUGCAUUUGUUUGGCUGUUGAGUUCAAAUAUUAACAACCUUUCUCUAGAAUCGGAGACCCCGCCUUUUAAUUAGACUUCCUCUAAAUCUGCAGUGUUUCUGCCUUCUCAGCUAACAAAAGGUGGCUACAGAUCUAAACUGAAUCUUUGAGUUUUAAUUAUUUAUGAAUGUAGUUACUUGCACAUGUUAAAGGCUACACCUAAUGCGAUUAAAGCCAAUCUCUAAGUAGGCCUAGGUAUUUUAGAGGAUAAAACUUUGCUUUCGUUAUAUUGAAUAUAGAACAUCAAAAAUGCUUAAUGAUCAAAUGUAUUAUCUCAUUAUUAUUUUUUUCAUGAGUGGAUAUAACAGUAACUUGGAAUGAACCCCUUCACUGCAGUGUUUCUUACUUGGACCUAUGCUCAGGGUUUUAUGCUCCAUGCAGCUUGAAGAGUGUAUUUGUUAGUUGUCACAGAACGUCAUGAUAAUUUGCUCUCUGCUCCUUCUGCCACUGUCUUUAUAUGGCAAAAAAUAGUCUCACAAAAUGUUUUGUUUUCAUUUGACAAAACCAGAAUAUUGUCUCCAUAAGAGAACUGGAACAGUUUGUAUUUAUUUAACCAACUAACGGUGCACAGAAAGAGCAGAUAUCGAGCUGAGUUGAUGUAAUUAAUCCACUCUCUCUGGUACAUCAGGGUUCUUUCCCAACCCAACACCUGACUCCCUGCUUUCCGUUUAGUUUGAAAUGAGGGAGUAGCGUCCUCCCAGCAUGCAACUCUGCACCAGUGCUGUGCUGUCCGGUCCUUCAAAAGAGAAGUGGCUCAAGUUGACUCCUGUCGGCCCCCCUGGCAUUCAGCAUGACGAUAAUCAGAGAAAGCUGGACAGCUGAGCAGAGGAUGACCCAUGCAGAGUUUUCCCACAAUGCUCAGCUCAAGUAAACAGCACUUGCAGGAGAAGAGAGAGGGGCAGGGGAACACUGCACAAAGAUAUAAGCUGUCACAUCACAUAUGCGUUACGUCAGACAGAGCGUUCUCUUCUAAAACCAAACAGCCAAGCCAAGCCGUGUUACUGCAGACAGAAUACACAAUACAACAAAGAUUGGUUUAUAGCUUUGUUGUAUUCAACACAUGUCAUAAGCAAAGGGUUGUUUGCUUGGCUGGAUUUUGUUUGGGUGGGGGCUUUGAUGGUAUCACUUUGUUCUGAUUCCCAUUAGCAAAACAGGAUUAGGAGAAACAGGAAAAGAAAUAUCAAAAAGUUUGUGCUGAGCACAGCUCAAAUCAUACUUUCAUUGUACUUUUUUUUUUUUUUCUGUUUUUGCUCUUGGAGCCUUUGAAAUUGUAAAGAAUGUAUGGUGACUACACUGGUUCAUAAGCAGGGCAUAAUGCUUUGUAGCAGCUGUUGCUGGGAAAAGACUUGGCAUUCCAUACAAAACUGUAAAGAAAGAAUAGCUACUAAAACUGUUGUGCUUUAUAUCUGCACAGACAUGUUGGAACUGUCACCAGUAAAAGAACCUCAUACACUUUGGGUAAUUUCCUGGUGUUUAUUCCCUCAUUAUUCAUUCAAUCACCACAAUGAUCACUGGAAAUUGCUGUCUCAUCUGAUAUCUUAAAUGCCACAUUAUUCUAAGAAACAGACCUCCGGGGGAAUCCAUACUUGAAAAAUGAAAGAGAUUCUAGCAUUGUAAUGUUCUUCAGUGCACAAAAAUCUACAAUGCAUGCAUCAUCUGUAAUGUUCUGUUUCAUCUUUAUUUCGAUAUUUCUACGAUAAAGAAACUGUCAUUUUGAAAUUGUUUCAAAUAAAUGUAUUUUUGUACAUCAA